AACAGGGCCCAUCGCUGAAGGGGCAGGGGAAACAAUUGAUGGUGCUAACUUGACAAGUUUUAUUUUGUUUUCCCCCCGAGUCUGCACUUAGAGUCUCAUGUCUAACAUUUAGACAUGAUGAGCUUAGUGCAAAUUGCGUCCCUUCUCUGUACCCUAGCAGUGACUUACCCUUCUCUGAUUUUGGCACAACAGCAGAAUGUUGAAAUAGGACAAUGUACACAUCUUGGGCAAGUUUAUGCUGACAGGGAUGUCUGGAAACCAGAACCUUGCCAAAUCUGUGUUUGUGACACUGGAUCCGUGCUGUGUGAUGAUAUUAUCUGCGAUGAGCAAGAAUUGGACUGUGCCAAUCCUGAAAUCCCAUUUGGAGAAUGUUGUCCUGUGUGCCCACAGGGGCCAAGUCCAACGCCAUCUAGCCCCAAUGGAGGAGGCACUGUAAACCGAGGCCCAAAAGGUGAUCCAGGUACUCCUGGUAUUCCUGGCAGAAAUGGUGAACCUGGAAGUCCUGGUUCUCCUGGGCUCCCUGGCCCCCCUGGAGUUUGUGAAGGUUGUGGUAGCACGGGUACUGGUCCGAACUAUUCUCCUCAGUAUGACUCCAAAUCUGGAUAUUAUGAUGGCAAAUCUGGAGGUGGUGGUCAGAUGGGUGGAAUGCCUGGAGCCCCUGGACCCCCUGGACCCCCCGGCACACCUGGUCAACCUGGUCAACAAGGAAGUCAUGGAUAUCAAGGAUCUCCUGGUGAACCUGGACAGGCUGGCCCUCCAGGAUCCCCUGGUCCUGUAGGACAUAUGGGGCCUGCUGGACCACCAGGAAAAGAUGGAGAGUCUGGACGUUCUGGAAGACCUGGAGAACGAGGUGUUGCUGGUGCUCCUGGUGCAAGAGGACCCCCUGGCAUGGCUGGAUUUCCUGGUAUUAAGGGACACAGAGGCUUUGAUGGAAAAGAUGGCUCAAAGGGUGAUACCGGUGCUCCUGGUCUUAGGGGUGAACCUGGCAGUCCUGGAGACAAUGGCACACCUGGACCAGCGGGUCCAAGGGGACAAGCUGGUGAAAGAGGUAGACCCGGAGGUGCAGGACCAGCUGGUGCCCGUGGUAAUGAUGGAGCUCCAGGUUCUUCUGGACAACCUGGACCUCCUGGCCCCCCAGGAAAUGCAGGAUUCCCUGGUAGCACUGGACCCAAGGGUGAAGCUGGACCUCCAGGCUCUCGAGGAUCAGAUGGUUCUUCUGGUGCUAGAGGUGAACAAGGACCCCCAGGCUCAGCUGGUUCAACAGGCCCUGCUGGUCCUGCUGGCAGAGAUGGCAAUCCAGGCAACAAAGGAGAAGUGGGCCCUGCUGGUAUUCCUGGUGCCCCUGGUUUGGCUGGUGCUCGGGGUCUUCCAGGCCCACCAGGCACAAAUGGAGCUCCUGGUUUAAGAGGUGGUCCGGGAGAGAAUGGCAAAGAUGGAGGAAAAGGAGAACCUGGACAAAGAGGAGAAAGAGGUGAAGCUGGACCUCCAGGUGCAUCAGGGCCAGCUGGUGAAGAAGGCAAAAAAGGAGCUAAUGGUGAACCAGGUACUAAUGGUGUACCAGGAACUCCAGGAGAGAGAGGAACCCCAGGUUUUCGAGGACCCCCUGGAAGCAACGGAAUUCCUGGUGAAAAGGGGCCUCCUGGAGAGCGAGGGGGUCCUGGUCCCUCUGGUCCUAGAGGGAAUGGUGGUGAACCUGGAAGAGAUGGUGGACCUGGUUUACCCGGUAUGAGGGGUUUAACAGGAAGUCCUGGUAGUCCUGGAUCUGAUGGCAAACCAGGACCCCAAGGACCUUCUGGAGAAUCUGGACGUUCUGGUUCCCCUGGUCCACCUGGUCCAAGAGGUCAGCCUGGUGUUAUGGGAUUUCCUGGUCCAAAGGGUAAUGAGGGUCAACCUGGCAAAAAUGGAGAAAAAGGAGGUCCUGGAUCACCUGGAUCUCAGGGAAUUCCUGGAAAGAGUGGUGACCCAGGUGCACAAGGUCCUCCUGGGCCUGGAGGUCCAGCAGGUGAAAGAGGAGAACCAGGAGCAACUGGUCCACCAGGAUUUCAGGGCCUACCUGGAACUUCUGGACCCCCUGGAGAGAAUGGGAAACCAGGAGAAGCCGGACCAAAAGGUGAAAAUGGACUUCCAGGAGCUUCUGGUGGUAAAGGUGAAAAUGGUGUCCCUGGAGAGAGAGGUCCUCAGGGUACCCCAGGACCUCCAGGAUCCAGGGGUGGUUCUGGUCCCCCUGGUCCAGAUGGUGCCAAGGGCCCUUCUGGCCCACCUGGUUCACCUGGUUCAAUGGGUCCACCUGGUCUUCAAGGUAUGCCUGGAGAAAGGGGAGGAUUUGGCAGUCCUGGUCCCAAGGGUGAAAAGGGUGAAUCUGGUGGCAAAGGUGGUGAUGGAGCUCCUGGACAAGAUGGGUCAAGGGGUCCUGCUGGUCCUAUAGGUCCACCCGGUCCUGCUGGCCCUGCUGGUGACAAGGGUGAAAUUGGAACAGCUGGGCCACCAGGCCCUGUUGGAGUUCGUGGCGGCCCUGGUGAACGAGGAGAGAGUGGCCCUCCUGGUCCUGCUGGCUUCCCUGGAGCCCCUGGUCAGAAUGGAGAGCCUGGAACCAAAGGUGAAAAAGGUGGUCCUGGGGAGCGUGGAGAGCCUGGUGGUCCAGGAGUUGCUGGUCCUCAAGGUGGAUCUGGACCUGCUGGUAAUCCUGGUCCUCAAGGAGGUAAAGGAGACCGUGGUUCUCCAGGAGCAGCUGGUGCAGCUGGUUUUCCUGGUGCUCGUGGGUUGCCUGGUCCUCCUGGAUCUAACGGCAAUGCAGGUCCUCCUGGCCCUUCUGGAGGCCCAGGAAAAGAUGGACCUCCAGGUCCAGCUGGCAGUGUUGGUGCUCCAGGAAACCCUGGUGGAGCAGGUCCAAAGGGUGAACCAGGCCAACAAGGAGAAAGAGGUGCACCUGGUGGUCGUGGAGAAGUGGGUGCCCCAGGUCCUUCCGGCAUUUCUGGCCCUGCUGGUACUCGUGGUAUUGUUGGAUUGCCCGGCAUGCAAGGCAGACCAGGUGCCCCUGGCAUUCCAGGUUAUAAGGGUGAGGAUGGAAAACCUGGUACCAAUGGAUCUCCUGGUGAACGUGGUCCUGCUGGUGCUCCUGGACCGGCUGGGCUUAAUGGGGCUCCUGGAGAAGGUGGAAGAGACGGCAAUGCUGGUGCUGAUGGUUUGCCUGGACGUGAUGGUUCCCAUGGUCCUAAAGGAGAUCGGGGUGAAAACGGAUCUCCAGGUGCCCCUGGAGCUCCAGGCCAUCCUGGUUCUCCAGGUCCUGUUGGCCCUGCUGGAAAGUCAGGAGAUAGAGGAGAAAAUGGUCCGGCUGGUCCUGCAGGCCCUGCUGGCUCUGCUGGUGCUCGUGGUGCUCCUGGACCCCAAGGAUCACGUGGUGACAAAGGAGAAGCUGGCGAGCGUGGUACAAAUGGAAUCAAAGGUCAUCGUGGCCACCCUGGUAAUCCUGGUUUACCUGGUCCUCCUGGAACCCCAGGAGAACAAGGUACUGUUGGAAGCCAAGGCCAACAGGGUCCAAGAGGACCACCUGGAUCUAAUGGAGCUCCUGGAAAGGAUGGUACCAGUGGAUACCCUGGUCCCAUUGGGCCCCCUGGACCUCGGGGUAGUAGAGGAGAAAAUGGUCCAGAGGGAUCAUCUGGUCAACCAGGUCCCCCAGGUCAACCUGGACCCCCUGGCCCUCCUGGUCCAUGUUGUGAUGGUGGUGGAGCUCAGUUAGGAGGAUAUGGUGGUGAGAAGGGACCUGCUGGGUCUCCAUACUAUGGUGAUCAAGCCCUUGAUGGAUCAAUAAGUGCUUCCGAAAUAAUGUCUUCACUAAAAACAAUCAACAACCAAAUUGAAAACAUCAUUAGCCCAGAUGGAUCCAGGAAGAAUCCAGCACGUAAUUGUCGUGACCUCAAAUUCUGUCACCCAGAACUUAAGAGUGGGGAAUACUGGAUCGACCCAAACCAAGGUUGUAAAAUGGAUGCCAUUAAAGUAUUCUGCAACAUGGAAACUGGUGAAACUUGUGUGAAUGCCAAUCCCAUCGGUGUCCCACGCAAGAAUUGGUACACCGCUUCUGGAAAUGUUAAGAAACACAUUUGGUUUGGAGAGUCUAUGAAUGGUGGAUUUCAGUUUGGCUAUGGAGAUGCAGAGCUUCCUGAGGAUGUUUCAGAAGUUCAGAUGGCAUUCCUACGAAUUCUUUCUAGCAGAGCUUCCCAGAACAUUACUUAUCAUUGCAAGAACAGCAUUGCAUACAUGGAUGGGGAAAAUGGGAAUGUAAAGAAGUCUCUGAAAUUCAUGAGUUCUACCGAAAGCGAGUUAAAGGCUGAAGGCAAUAGCAAAUUCACAUACACUGUUUUGGAGGAUGGUUGCACUAAACAUACAGGAGAAUGGGGCAAGACCGUUUUUGAAUAUAGAACACGCAAGGCAAUGAGACUACCCAUUGUAGAUAUUGCACCCAUGGAUAUAGGUGGACCUGAUCAGGAAUUUGGCGUCGAUGUGGGACCUGUAUGCUUCCUGUAAAUUAAGAAUAUCCUUCAUUCUAAACAAGCAAAUGACUUGCACUCAAUGUGCUUUUAUUUUCUAAUUUGGUCACCCACAGGAAAAACUGUCCAUUAGUUAUUUAUUUCCAAAAUAUUAAGGAAAGAAAGAUAUCAUUAGACAGAAGGGCUAAAAUGUUUGCGGUAAUACAAACUAAAUGCUUCUUUCUCUAUUUUUGUACAAAUUUCCUAUUCUGAAGACAUCUAAAUGGUGCUAUACAAUUCUGAUUCAUUCAGCUGCCAUUUUUUUUAGUUAAAGAAAACACUGUGUGAUUUUUUUUUUGACCAAGAUGCACAGCACUGAUCAUUCCAGGCAUCAAACUCAACCCAUUUUUCUAACCAAGAUGACAUAUACAAUAAGUAAAAAGAACUUCCCUGCUUAAACUACCUCAUCAUGGACAGAAUUUGGGGGGAGUUUGAUGAGGUAGAAAACGGAUUGCAUUUUAAAUCACUGCAAUGAAUCAAAACAAAAAGUGAUCCAGUUGUAAGCAAAUAUGUGAGUCACAAAUUAUUACAUGAUUAUGGAUAUCAUAUUUCAAGGUGGUCUAGCAGCUUGGUGCUUUUUAUAUUUUCCUGGCAUUGCUGGCAAAGACCAGUUAAAAAGAAAGUAAACAGUUUCAAAGAUUAUCCAUCAUGGUGCUAAUUGCUAAUAUGUUUCCAUUCUAAAACAGCAAGAUGAAGAAAUAUUUGUAUGAACAUGAAAUAAAAUGUUUCACAAAA